AUGCAAGGAAAGCAUACAUCAGUUUGGGUGUUGCUGGCCGGUCUGACGUUGGGCUGCGGACCGUCCGACGUGGCUUCGGCGCCGAUCUGCGGGAACAGUCAGACUAAGUGCCGAGUCCUCUCGCUGGCUAAUCUGUUUGACAGAGUCAUUCAACACUCUGCUAGGAUGCACGGCAUCUCUAAUGACCUUCAUUCAGAGUUGGAGCAGUACUACGUGCCCACUAGGAAUCACAUCGGAAGGGUCGGCCGCAACUGUCCCACCUCCGCCCUCCUCACCCCCAACGGCAAAGAGAACGCUCAGAGAAUCGCGCGCGAAGAGCUAACCGAGGUGAUCCUGAAACUCCUGGUCGCCUGGAGGGACCCCCUUUGGCACUUUCACCGGAUAGCGUCCCACCAGAACGAGUUGGCCAACUUCAGCUCCGACAAAGCCCUCGAAAUGAGCGACAUGGUCCACGAGCUACGCAAAGGCGUGGAGAAAGUGGCGGAGAAGAUGCAGUCGCUGGGGAUGAUAAGCAACUCCAUCAGCAGCCUGUCAGCCCUGGAGGAUCUACUGCCUUCGGAAAGCGGCGCGUGGCGCCUGAUGAAAGACCACGAACUCCUUUACUGCUUUCGCCGUGACUCGGACAAAAUCCAGAACUACCUGAAGAUCCUCAAGUGUCGCAUCGUGCCCGAGCACGGCUGCUGA